AUGAGUGAUGAUGCUAAAGAUAUAAGCAAUAUUUUUAAAACCCAUCAAAUAAUCCCCGAUGUUAUAGCAAUACCACCAACAGAACUUUUAAAGGUAACUUAUCCAAACGGUGUUAUUGUCGAUAAAGGCAAUAAACUAACACCCACCCAAGUUAAAGAAACGCCCACUGUAGAAUGGACCCACGAAAGUAAUCAGUUUUAUACACUAACAUUUACUGAUCCUGAUGCGCCUAGUCGCAAAAAUCCACAAUUUCGUGAAUAUCAACAUUGGAUUGUUGUCAAUAUACCGGGUAAUGAUCUUAAUAAAGGUGAAAUUUUAACGGCAUAUGUUGGAUCUGGACCUCCUCAAGUUACCAGCUGCCAACGAAUGAUCACCGAAAUGCAAUUUAAUAUCACAUCUAUAUUUAAACGGAUUAUUUUAGCUUGUCAGCUAGUUCUAUGUGGGAUAUUGUUCUAA